AUGUUGCACUCCCUCCCAGCCCCAGCCGAUCCUUCUCCUCCUCAAGCUCAGACGAACAAUGCAUCUCUGGUCGAACACUGGUCUAUUCAUCCCUCCACUCUCCCUCCCAAACGAGGCACAGAAUCGUCCCUCGUCGCAAAGGCCAUUUCGCUCCUAAACAAAACACCUGCGUCCAUCAAGAAACCCGAACAAGCAUCCCUUGACACUCCGCCUAGUGCAUGUGCUCCCCCUCUCCCUCCUUCUUCAGCUGCAGAUCAAGUGUCAGACCCCAAGUCCCUUAGUGCUGGAGAGGGAGUAGGGUCGCUCGUUCGACCACCCAUUGUACCGAGCCAGUUCGAAGAACAAGGAGUGGGAGGAGGGGACCAUCACUAUGCAUAUGACCAAGAUCCGUCAAAAGCGUUUUUCGCUGCUCACUUUCCCUUGCUCGCUUCUACUGUUCCUCUUUCUUCCCCAAGCGGGAUGCAGGCCGACUUUGAGCUUAUGAGAAGCUUGCAUUCCCACCCGUACAGCAGUUUGAGCUGGCAACAAGUCAAAAUGGAGGAAACCGCAUGGCAGCCCCCUCUUCAACCAGGUUUGGCUAUUAAUGCUUAUAACAACGACGAAUGGUGGGCGGACGGUUCGAUCUCCACAUCUGCCUCGGGCUCAACCUCUUCUUCUUGCCCUCCUUGCUCUUCGGGAAGCUCUCAGACGGAGGAUUGGAUGAAUUUGGUUGAUCUCACCAAUACAAGCGAUACUCCCGCUCCUCUGCCUCCGACUACCUUUGCGCCCGUCUACAGUGGCAUAGCUGCGUUUCAGGGGAAUAUAGCACUGAAACAGGAGCGAGAAGGGUGGUCUCCAGACAGAAACAGUGUCAAUGACAACUUUGCUGGGGCGGGAUUGGGUGAAAUGCAGUUCACGCCCAUCGAACCUUACCCAGCGCUACCACCGCUGUCAAGCAUUCCGAAUGCUGCACCGCCAAUGAUGGGGCCUUUUGAUGUGCCUGAGACCAUGGUUGAUGCGCAGGUGUGCGCAGGUGUUGGAGUGGGUGUAGAACUGACUCAUAAUAAGGCUUCGAGUUUGGCUCCGCACCCAGCUCCUCAUCUGGGCUCUGGUCUGGGUUCGGAUUUGGCUCUCCAUCUGGCUCCUAAUCUGGCUUGCAGCGCAGCUACCAAUCUGGCUUCGGCUUCGCUCUCGCAUGGCUCUGUCUAUCAACCCAUCUCACCAAUCUCACCACUUUGCCUUCCCCUCACCUCUUCUUCUUCUUCAGCCCACACACCUACUCCAUCAUCCGUCAGCGCAACCAAGCCGCAGCGGAAUUUGAAACUCAAACCAAAAGCGCUCACCAAACGCCAAGCCAAGCCGCUUGUUCAACUUACCUCGUCAACCCCUACCAAAGGCGUACCGCUCUACCAUACGCGAUCACUACCGCAACGGCCACCGCUUCCCAACGCGACAAUUAAACUCGUCACCUCCAGCACCGACUCACCUGACAAAUGCGGGCCUACAACUACCACCACCACCACCAGCUCUCCUCGUCCCAAACCAGCAAACCUAACAUGCCUCCAUCCUGGGUGCAAAAAAACCUUCUCCUCCACUCACAACCUUCAAGAACACGCGCAAAUUCACCAGUUCCCGCGCGUUCGUACUUAUGAAUGCCAAGAUUGUGGUAGCCCCUAUUUCUACAAACGUGACCUGCAGAGACAUAUUCGUAAGAAACACGAAGCUCAAGCUGCAUUGCUAGGGGUUGAGUUGAAGUUCAAGGGAAAGGAUAGGAAGAGUAGAGUGGCGAAAUUGGCUGCUAGUCGAGUUAUGAUUGCUAAAAGUGAUCGCCGGGUUUGCACCUAA